AUGGCGAGCGGCGGUGGAGGCGGUAACACCGGCGCGGCCGGAGGCCAGGGGCUGGGCCUGAGCCUCGGCCUGGGCCUGAGCCUAGGCAUGGGUGAGGCCACUGGCGAGGCGGAGGAGGAGGCGGCCGCGGCCGAGGCGGUGGGACGCCUGGCUACGACGCUGUGGCUGCGGCUCCGCGGCUGGGAGGCGGUGCUGGCGGCGGCGCAGCGGCUGCUGGUGUGGGAGAAGCCGCUGCACAGUCUGGUCACAGCGGCCGCGCUCAACGGCCUCUUCUGGCUGCUGUCUUCGUCGUCCCUCCGGCCCUUCUUCCUGCUCAGCAUCUCACUGCUGGCCUAUUUUCUCCUGGAUCUUUGGCAGCCUCGCUUUCUCCCGGAGGUUUCAGCGUCAUCCCCAGAGGAGCCACACUCUGACAGUGAGGGUGCGGGGUCAGGCGCCCGGCCGCACCUGCUGAGUGUGCCCGAGUUGUGCAGAUACCUGGCUGAGAGCUGGCUCACCUUCCAGAUUCACCUGCAGGAGCUGCUGCAGUACAAGAGGCAGAACCCAGCUCAGUUCUGUGCCCGCGUCUGCUCUGGCUGCGCUGUGCUGGCCGUGCUGGGACACUAUGUUCCAGGGAUAAUGAUCUCCUACAUCGUCUUGCUGAGCAUCCUGCUGUGGCCCCUGGUGGUUUAUCAUGAGCUGAUCCAGAGGAUGUACACUCGCCUCGAGCCGCUGCUCAUGCAGCUGGACUACAGCAUGAAGGCAGAAGCCGACGCCCUGCAUCACAAACACGACAAGAGGAAGCGCCAGGGGAAGAACACUCCCCCAGGAGGCGAUGAGCCGCUGGCAGAGACAGAGAGUGAAAGCGAGGCGGAGCUGGCCGGCUUCUCCCCAGUGGUGGACGUGAAGAAAACAGCACUGGCCUUGGCCAUCACGGACUCGGAGCUUUCAGAUGAGGAGGCGUCUAUCUUGGAGAGUGGCGGCUUCUCUGUGUCCCGGGCCACAACUCCGCAACUGACCGAUGUCUCUGAAGAUUUGGACCAGCAGAGCCUGCCAAGUGAGCCCGAGGAGGCCCUGAGCCGGGAGCUGGGAGAGGGAGAGGAGGCAGAGCUGGCCCCUCCCGAAGACAUGCUGGGCCCUCCUCAGGCCCUCUCGGGGCAAACCCUGGACUCGGAGGAGGAGGAAGACAUGGCCGCCAAGGACACCUUGCUUCGGCUCUCAUCCCCCCUUCACUUUGUGAACACGCACUUCAAUGGGGCAGGGUCUCCCCCAGAUGGAGUGCCGUGCUCCCCUGGAGGACCAGUGGAGACGCUGAGCCCCAAGGCAGUGAGUGGUGACCUCACUGAUGCACCCAGCACCCUGUCGCCCCCACUUUGCCUUGCUGAGAGUGACCCAGUCCCCUCUCCCGCCAUGCUCCCACCUCCUCCCCAGGACUCUCCCCAGCCCCUGCCUGCCCCUGAGGAAGAGGAGGCACUCACCACUGAGGACUUUGAGUUGCUGGAUCAGGGGGAGCUGGAGCAGCUGAAUGCAGAGCUGGGCUUGGGGCCAGAAACACCCCCAGAGCCCCCUGAUGCUCCACCCCCUGCAUCCGUGGGGCCUGAUGCCCAUUCCCUGGUACAGUCAGACCAAGAGGCUCAGGCCGUGGCAGAGCCAUGAGCCCCAGGGGAAGGAGCUGCAGGCACAGCAGGGCUUCCUGGCUGGAGGUGCCACUGUUUCCUCCUGUCCCUGAAGCUCUGAGGAGGGCCAGCGUGGGGCAGCUGGCUGUCAGAUGGUAGCCAGUCCACCCUCUGCCUGCCUGCCUGCUGUCCUGUGCCUGGGAUUGGUUUUAAGUCUGUAAAUAAUUUUCCAUUUGGAUUUGUGGAUGUGAACAGGGCUAGGGAAGUCCUUCCCACAGCCUGCACUUGCCUCCCUGCCUCAUCUCUAUUCUCAUUCCACGAAGCCCCAAGCCCUGGUGGUCUAGCCCUUUUUUUUUUUUCCUCCUAUCCUCAGGGACCUGUGCUGCUCUGCCUUCAUGUCCCACUUGGUUGUUUAGUUCAGGCACUUUAUAAUUUUUCUCUCUUGUCCCUUACUCCUCUCUGCUUUAUUUUCCUGCUGUGUCAUGUCCUUAGCAGCUCAACAACCCCUCCCCCCACCACCACCUUUGCCAGCUCCACUUUCCCAGCAGGCACUGCGAAGCUUUAGGGAGGCUCCUGGUCUGGGGGGGUAAAGAAUAAACCCAGGGUGGUGGGUCAGACCAGGAGUUCUGCAAUUAGGUCUCUAACCUCCCCUGCACCCUUGCGCCAGUUCAGCCCAGCACUUCAUGGUGCAGGAGAGCAGGAAACUUACGGCACACGCGCCAGUGCUGGGAUUGGUGAGCGUGCACUCCGCCACUGAGAUGAGGGGUCUCCUUACUGCCGUAGAGGGGAAACAGGAAACCUCUUCUGGGCCAUGGAUGGCCCCAGUGUGGUGGGAGCCCCGUCCCAGGGCCAGGAAAUAGUAACAUCUGUGCAGGUGUCAACUAGAAAAAUAAAAGUGUUGAUUGGCUGGAACCGCCGCCUGCCUGCUUGCCUGCCUGCCUGCCGCCUCACUGCUCUGCUUUCCACACACUCUGCGCUUUGUCCGCUCUUCACCUUACCCCCUUUCACCCCAGUCUUGCUUCUGGCUGUUUAUUUACCUUGGUGCAAAACAAGGCCAGAGGCAAGGCUUAGCCUGACCAGCCUAACUUCCCCUUAUGGCAGCGUGGUGUGUUAGUGAGAUUUAGCAUGUGUGAAUAAAGUGUAUGCAGGAGGAA